CACUUGGCAGUGAGGAAAGGACAUACAAGAACAAGUCGUUUGUUACUCUCUAGUGAAGCAGAUCAACCACUACACUUGGCUUGUAAACGAAGGCAUACUGAGACUGGCAAUUUAUUGUUAUCUCAUGGGGCUGAUGUAACUGCUCUAAACAAGCAACAACAAAGACCUUUACAUUUGGCUAAUGAAUCGAUAUUAAACUCUUUUCAAGUACACAAUGGUGAUUAUGCUCUACACAUAGCAGCUAGAAAUGGUGACAUUCAGACUGUCCAGCUGUUAGUGGAUUGUGGAGCAGAUGUAAAUGCAUUGAAUGAAGAUGGACAAACACCACUACAUGCAGCAGCUGGUGGAGAGAAAGACUGUCCUGAAUUGUGUUCUAUGUUACUAGAACAUAAUGCCAAGAUUGAUGCAGUGGAUAAAGAUGGAAACCAACCACUACACUUGGCUUGUAAAAGGCUUAAUUCUAAAACUAGGCAAGUCUUGUUGCAUCACAAUGCAGAUGCAAAUGUUUUAAACAACAAGAAAUACAAACCCUGGCAUUUGGCAAGCCAACAAUUGACGUGCAAUGGUAACAAUGCUUUGUAUAAAGCAGCUGAAAGUGCUGAUUUACACACAGUUCAGCUGUUGGUGGAUUGGACUGCUGAUGUAAACGAAGUGAAUGAAGAUGGACAAACACCUCUACAUGCAGCAGCUGGUGGAGAGAAAGACUGUCCUGAAUUGUGUUCUAUUUUACUAAAACAUAAUGCCAAGAUUGAUGCAGUGGAUAAAGAUGGAAACCAACCACUACACUUGGCAUGUAGAAAGUAUCAUACAAAAACUGGUCGCUUAUUGCUCUCUAACCAAGCCGACGCAAAUGCAUUGAAUAAAGACAUACAAACACCACUACAUACAGCAGCUGGUGGAUUGAAAGACUGUCCUGAAUUGUGUUCUAUUUUACUAAAACAUAAUGCCAAGAUUGAUGCAGUGGAUAAAGAUGGAAACCAACCACUACACUUGGCAUGUAGAAAGUAUCAUACAAAAACUGGUCGCUUAUUGCUCUCUAACCAAGUCGACGCAAAUGCAUUGAAUAAAGACAUACAAACACCACUACAUACAGCAGCUGGUGGAUUGAAAGACUGUCCUGAAUUGUGUUCUAUUUUACUAAAACAUAAAGCCAAGAUUGAUGCAGUGGAUAAAGAUGGAAACCAACCACUACACUUGGCAUGUAAACGAGGUCAUACAAGAACAAGUUGUUUGUUACUCUCCAGAAGAGCAGAUGUAAAUGCAUUGGAUGAAGAUGGACAAACACCACUACAUACAGCAGCUGGUGGAGAGAAAGACUAUCCUGAAUUGUGUUCUAUUUUACUAGAACAUGAUGCCAAGAUUGAUGCAGUGGACUGUCCUGAAUUGUGUUCUAUUUUACUAGAACAUAAUGCCAAGAUUGAUGCAGUGGAUAAAGAUGGAAACCAAUCACUACACUUGGCAUGUAGGCAAGAGCAUGCAGCAACUGUAACUUUAUUGUUAUCUCAUGGGGCUGAUGUAACUGCUCUAAACAAGCAACAACAAAGACCUUUACAUUUGGCAAAUCGAUCAAUCCUAGAGGGCUCUUGGAAUGUACAUGAUGGUGACCACGCUUUACACGUUGCAUGUAGAAAUGGUUACAUUCAGACUGUCCAGCUGUUAGUGGAUUGUGGAGCAGAUGUAAAUGUAUUGAAUGAAGAUGGACAAACACCACUACAUAAAGCAGCUGGUGGAGAGAAAGACUGUCCUAAAUUGUGUUCUAUUUUACUAAAACUUGAUGCCAAGGUUGAUGCAGUGGAUAAAGAUGGAAACCAACCACUACACUUGGCAUGUAGGCAAGAGCAUGCAGCAACUGGCAAUUUAUUGUUAUCUCAUGGGGCUGAUGUAACUGCUCUAAACAAGCAACAACAAAGACCUUUACAUUUGGCAAAUCGAUCAAUUCUAAGGAAAUCUUGGAAUGUACAUGAUGGUGACCACGCUUUACAUGUUGCAUGUAGACUUGGUGACAUUCAGACUGUCCAGCUGUUAGUGGAUUGUGGAGCAGAUGUAAAUGCAUUGAAUGAAGAUGGACAAACACCACUACAUACAGCAGCUGGUGGAAAGAAAGACUGUCCUGAAUUGUGUUCUAUUUUACUAAAACAUGAUGCCAAGAUUGAUGUAGUGGAUAAAGAUGGAAACAAACCACUACACUUGGCAUGUAAACGAGGUCAUCUUGCAACUGAACAGUUGUUGGCUUCCCGUGGAAGUGCUCUAAACAAGAAAUUUGGUCAAAAACAGAAUGAGAUAUCGAUGGACCAAGUGAAGCCGGUUGCAACACUGGAGACAACUGUUGGUCCUGAAGGUGGACGCUACAGCUCAGAGAUAUCGAUGGAACAAGUGAAGCCAAUUGCAACACUGGAGACAACUGUUGAUCCUAAAGGUGGACGCUACAGCUCAGGCAGUUUGUCUAUUUUUGUUCCUGAUGGUGCUGUGAGUGAACCAGUCAACAUAAGAAUUCACAUGUAUGUUGACAAAAGACUAAUGCCACCAUGUACUAAAGCUAAUGAUGAAUACAUUUUGAGUCCUCUCUAUGUCUUUGAACCUCAUGGAUUAACAUUUUCCAAACACGUGCAAGUGUAUUUUCCUCCUCCAGUUGAUCCUAAAGGAUGGAAUUUGUCACUGAUGAGAGCAAUGUGUGAUACUUCCACUUCAUCUCAACUGUGGGAGCCACAAGCCAUAGUAACAUACAAUUCUGAUUUGGACGAAGUGAAUGUGGAGGACCCAGACUGUAGGUAUGACCUUACCAGUGGGACUCUGAGUGUAAAACACUUCUGUGGGCAUUGGUGGUUUGGAAGAGUGGUUAGCAUGUUAUUGGCUUCAAAAAAUAUGCUGUUUUCUGUGUUUGGUUAUCGACAAUUACCUUCAAAGAAUAUUUGGAAUAUCACGAUUCACUGCCAUGAUGAUUGUGCUGAGGUUACUAAGCGGAUGAAAGAUGGUGAGACUACAUCACACCCAGGUCGUGUUUCCUUGUGUCCGACUCGGAUAAUGCAAAUGAAGUUUACAGGCAACAUUGAAUUUAGUGUAGAUGGUGAUUGGAGUACUACUUCACAGCUACCGACUAUGGAUGCUGCUAAAUUUUGGAACAAAUGGACGUGCUUGGACAAAACAGUUCCAUUAACUGUGGUGUUUAAGCAUGGUGAUAAUCCUCCUUCAAACGACUGUGUUGUGAAUGUUACACAUGAUGAUCAAACUGUUUGUCUAAAGAUGUCUCCUGACCUUGUUCGAAGUGGCAAUAUAUCAGAAGCAGACUGUUUAAUGCCAAGUCCACGUUUGUCUACAGAUGUGACACCUGAGGACUUAAAUCAUCUUGCUGACAUGAUAGAAGGAUGUUGGCAAGAGUUUGCUUCAGUUCUUGCACCCAAGCUGUUUAAAGUUACAGGAAAAAUUGCUGCCAUAAAACAAGACUAUCCUACUUCUGCACUCCAAGCUAAAGCUAUGUUGGAAAUUUGGCGUAACCAACUUGGUGCUAAACCCCAGCGACACUUACUUAUUGGUGCAUUAAUUCAACGAAGAUUAAGAUAUCAGGCAGAGGCUGUGUUUGGAGUAGAAGUUGUGGAGGAGAUGUUGAAAGGUACAAGAACAAGUGGCCAGACAGACUGAUGAGACUAAGCAAAAGAAUGUACGUACACUCAGUAAACCGACAGCGAUGGAUCUGCUGUUCACUGCUUUACCGUAUGAUGGACAUCAAGAAGUCUUGAUAUGUAGCAUGAACAGCAAGUUCCUGAAGCUCUAACCAAUCAAAUAAAGAUGGAACACGAAUGUCCAAUAUUAUUUCAAUGUUGUUUGUUAACUGUUGUACAGCACAUAUAAUACAGUGUGUAAGUGGUGACUUAUGUAUGGUGGGGAACAUUUACGCGGUUGCUAUAUAUUUGCUGUUAUUCAGUAUGUUGGAUUAAUCAAACUCAUUGUAAAACGUAAAUAGAACGGAUUGGCACACGUUGUAUUGUCAAUCAGUAUGUAUAAUGUAAUAGAAUGCAGAAU